AUGCGACCCUUACCUACAAAGCGAAAUCCUCUGGUCGCGCCUGGCGCUGCGCCAUCCUAUGAUGACUUGCUCAAUCGCAGGCGGCUGGGUAAAACCAAGCUCACAGUCAAACCGGACCAAGUAGGCACCUCAAAUGCGACAAAGGCAGAGAAUUUGGGUCCAUUCGAAUACGCCCACCUCCGGGCUCCUUUGCCAGAAGACCUCACAGGUUCGGAGAUUUUUGCGACUCAGCAAAAUCAAGCUCAUCCCGAAACCUAUUUUUUCAUGAGAAGGAGCAAGGAUGGCUUUGUAAGCGCAACGGGCAUGUUCAAGAUUGCGUUCCCUUGGGCUACCCAUGCAGAGGAAAAAGAGGAACGCGACUAUCUUAAAAGCCUCGACUCGACAAGCCAGGACGAAGUCGCAGGGAACGUCUGGGUUGCGCCGGAAUUCGCACUCAAACUUGCUGUUGAGUACGGUCUUAGUGAAUGGAUCCGAGCUCUUCUUGACCCAACCGAGAUUUCUCAAGCACCAUCGAGCGCCAAAAAGCCAAUCGCUGCGCCUCCUAAAUUUGAAUUGCCCGUGGACAAGAUCAAACUACCUGCUCCUACCAAAACGCCUCGUUCUCGGGCUACCCGAUCUACGUCCCCAAGCAAGACAGGGAGUCCCACCAAAGUCAAAGCUUCUCCACGAAAGAGACAGACAAAGGCGCAAAAGGAAGCAAACAUUGCCAACGCCAACGCCGCAAGCGCUACUCUUCAGUCGGCAUUAGACGACGCAGCAUCUGUGGCAGACACAGAAGGUAAACCGGACUCCCCAGUUCCGACAACGUCACCAAAAGCUGAGGGGGAGAUGGUCAAGGUCGAAGUAGAUCAGUCAGUGGAAGUCGAAGGUGCAACAGAGACCACUCAUGCGAACGUGACUCUGGAGAUGCCAGCAGGAUCACCUGAAUUGCCUCUGCCCGAAGAUACAGAAAAAAUGAUCGAAACAGCCAGGAAGAUGGUUGAGGAAGCCAAAACCUUAGAGAGUUCACCCAAAAUCUCCAAGAAGCGAAAGACUCAAGAGCCUGAACUGUCCGAUAUCGAUGCUGAACUGCCCGCCCAACCGGCCAAGAAGGCGAAGGUAUUGGAAGAAAAAUUAAAGAGGGAGAAAGUGAGGACGAGAGCGGUUUUGGGCGUCACAGCAACCUUGGCUAUUGCGGCCGCGAUUCCAUACUUUUUCUAG